AUGUUUAACAAAAAAAUCAACAACAAUAUUGCAGACCCUGAUAAUCAAUUGGUAAUUGAUGAAGAUGCAGAAAUUCCACAAGAACAGGACACACGCCACAUAAAUAUUUUGUUAGAAUUAGAAAAAACAAAGAAUCAAUUAAAUCAAUAUGAAUAUCAACAAUAA